AUGAUUGGUGUCGUUCGUGGCUUUAUGAAUCGCCAGCUCCUCCGUGCCUUCUGCACAACGGCCGCUAAAACGACGGAGGCUGCGACCGCGGCUACUACUGUGUCGUCGCAGGCAGCCACUACUGCCAGAGCGGCUCGUGGGGGGCCGGGUUUUUUCGCACGGAUGAGGAGCUUCACUGGCGGCUUCACUUUGGCGUCUGCACUGGGCUUCUACCUCAUAUUCGUACAGCUACAAGGGAUGACAGAUGAG